UGGUGCGGACUAAUCGGAAUCCGAAAAAGUUUCAGCGAGCGAGAGCAACGUUUACAUAUAUAGGACGGCGGUUGACUUUUAGACCAGAGGCCAUAUUACUGUACUAGAUAGAAUACCGAAACUGUUUUUCACUCUGCAAUCCGCUCUUACUACAAAGGCCUUUUGUGGUUCUGCCCAAGUUACCUACCCUCACCACCUACAAGACUUUUGUUUUUACGCGAUAAUUACGUUUUUCCUCCCUGGCGCUAUGGGUUCGGAAGCUACCGUUUUGCUCGGAUGCAUCUCCUUGAUAAUCGUUGCACUUACAGUAAGGGCCAUGCGAAGCAGGAUGAAACCUCCCGUCGUCGAUCAUGACCAAAUGGAACCUCCAUAUUAUCCAUAUGGAUGCGACGACACUCUCAGCAUUCGAACAUUGCCGAUAUAUACAGGGCGGACGGACUGCCCGCCACCUUACACUUUAAUGGACAGGGCGGCCGCCGCGUACCGGGCAGCGAACGACCCGCGAAGUGAAACGCUGAAUGCAGACAAUUGGUCUAGUAGGACAGAGGUUGACGGACCAACGCUGGUUCUGUCGGUCGUCGAUCUGCCGUACGAGGAGCAACCAUGGCCUGCAGCGCAGUCCCAGGCGGUCAUCCCAACAAGUGAUUCUCCAAUAACAGUACAUCAACCUCCAACGAAUCCUCCAUCGCCAGCGUCCACCAGACCCGCGCACGAAACCCAGAUUCAGCCGGAAAUGUCGAGCGUAAUGCAUUUAUAUCCGCUUUCGCCUUAUUCACCGCCGCCGGAUAUCGAAAAUCAAACGGCCGCCUUAGAAAUCACAACGACCUCAUAGUCAACCUCAUACCCAGACACUAGCCCCACUUAUAACCGGGGAUAUCUUGGCUUCAUCUAUGGAUGGGGCAGUAUACCCUUUCCCCGGCGUAGUCUCACCAUGCCUGCACGUGUCAUGCGUCCGCCCCCUAAUGUAUCUUUACUUCUUCGGUCCAUUCUUCCUUGUACUUACUCUUCGUGAAUGCAAACGCCAUCAUGAUCUCAGGCAUGUACAGUACCAGCACUU